AUGACUUUGGCUGUUGACCUUUUGAACCCCUCCGUUGAGCAUGAGAAGCGCUCCCACAAGCUCAAGAGACUCGUACAGUCUCCCGACUCCUACUUCAUGGACGUCAAGUGCCCUGGUUGCUUGAACAUCAGCACCGUCUUCAGCCACGCACAGACCGUUGUCUUGUGCUCGUCGUGCGGCACUGUUCUCUGCCAGCCCACCGGUGGUCGUGCUCGUUUGACUGAAGGUUCUUCCUUCCGCAGAAAGCACAACUAA